UGAGGACAAAGCAUAUCCUCUUUUCAUGACAUCCAAACAACUCCUUCUUCUACUGGAUGACUCAGCUGAUGUGCAUGAUGGAAAUACUUUUUUCCCACGAGACGAAGAUGGUUUCCUAAAGACAGAAGUUCCAGGCUGGGAACAGCAAAUUGAUACUCAUUGGGUUUCCAUGCUCCUUAGACCCUUGCUUGAGGGGAAUAAAAAAACAGCACUGAAUAGCAAUGAAGGGAAAAGGAAACAAAAGCAACAGGAAUGCACUUAUGACGUGUUUAGCUCUUCCUUUUGGAAACGUAUUUUGCAGAAAGUUCAGAUUAACUGCCACCCUUCUCUAGUUUGGAUUGAGAUCAUGUCAUUUAUCAAAGGUUCGCAAGAGGCUUUACUCACUGAAAAAGGUUUCUUAAAUCUGGAAGAUUAUGAAGCUGUUGGCUUUAAGCAGGCUCCUAAUUUUACUGAAAGCCGCCCUCUUGUUUAUGAAUGCUAUAAACAUUAUGAAAAAUUGAAGAAGCAACUUGGGAUGUUUGAUGAGAUGGAUGUUGUUUUUCAAAUUUACAAGAGAAUGAAAAAAAUGGAAUCAUUUCCUUGGACAGUAGAUGAAAUUUAUGUUGAUGAAGCUCAAGACUUCACAGUAGCUGAACUGGCACUUAUGAUUUUACUUUGUAAAAAUGUCAACAAAAUGUUUCUUACUGGUGAUACUGCCCAAAAUAUACUGAAAGGAAUAUCAUUUCGCUUCGUGGACUUAGGAACACUUUUUUAUCAGACAAAGCAUUCUGCAGAAGUAGAAAAGAAGCAACUAGAUUGCAGUGUACCCCUUCUUCAUCUGAAGUACAAUUAUAGAUCACAUAAAGGAAUUCUGGCACUUGCAUCAGCUGUACUGGAUUUGCUUGAAGAAUUUUUUCCUCGAUCAUUUGAUCAGCUGGAUCGAGAUCAGGGCAUGUUUGAUGGCCCAAAGCCUGCGAUUAUUGAGUCAUCAAGCUCUGAGCAACUGCUUCUACUUUUGGCUGGAAACAACAGGGAGACAUCUCACAUUGAGUUUGGUGCUGACCAAGCUAUUCUAGUGGUCAAUGACCAGGCUAAAGACAAACUGCCCCACGACCUAAAGCAUGCUAUAGUUCUGACAAUAUUUGAAUCCAAAGGGCUUGAGUUUGAUGACGUGCUUCUGUACAACUUUUUCAAAGACUCUGCUGCUGAUUCUGAAUGGAGAGCUGUAACUAAAUAUUUAAAUACAUUGUGUGAAGGUGAAGGUGACUUGAAUCUGGAUCUAUUGAAACAUGCUAACCGUCCUCACCCUUUGGAUUUUGAUCCAAAUCAGCACAAAAUUCUUAGCUCAGAGCUCAAGCAACUUUAUACAGCUUUAACCCGAGCUCGAGCUAAUGUUUGGAUAUUUGACGAAGAUGACAAAAAAAGGGCUCCCAUGUUUGAAUAUUUCAGAGUGCGAAAGUUAGUUACUGAUUCAUCAGGGAGCUUUGCUAAAGCUUCAGACAUAACUGAUUGGAAAAAACGUGGAGAUGAGUUUAUGGUAAAAAAGGAGUAUAUUUUGGCAGCAAAAUGCUACAAACAUGCUAACCAGGAAAUUUGUGAAGAAAAGGCCCUAACUUUUGCAAAGUUUAAAGAGUUGAGCAACUUGCUAAAUCCACUGGAUUCAAAGUCUGAAUUUAUAAAAACAGCAAUCUCUUUUGUAAAACUGAAUGAAAUAAAGAUGGCAGCCACUUGUCUGAAACAUGUUGAAGAAUUCUCAUUAUCCGCCACACUCAAUGAGAAAAAUGGUGAUUUUCAAACUGCAGUUGAACACUAUAUAAGGUGCGGUGAAGUUAUAAAUGCAGGUCGCUGUUUGGAAACAAUGGGCAAAUACAAUCAAGCUAUAGAUCUGCUGUUUGCACGUGAUUAUUUAGAUGAAGCUUUAGAGUGUCUGGAGAGAUACAACACACUUAUAGAGCAACUGCAGGACAAAAAAAUUCCAAAGGAACUUCUGGAGUGUAAACCUCAAAAAAACAUGCGGUCCAAAAUACUCUUCAGGAAAGCUAAGCUCUGCAAGGAUGAAGGUAAACUAGCUGAAGUGAGGUCUAUUGCCUCAAUGCUGCCUGGGACAGGGGAGAGGAUUGAUCUAUUCACACAACUGGAGAUGUGGCUAGAUGUGGCACUGUUGCAGAGAGAAUUAGGUAACACCAGAGAAGCUGCAGAGUGUAUGUUGUUGACUGGGGAAUACGACAGUGCCCUACAGUAUGCCAAAGAGGGAUUUCACAAGCCUUUAGUGGCUUUUAUAUACAUGUCUCUACUGAGGAAAUUCUUGCAGAUGCAACUAACUGAACGGAAAGAAGAAAAUGAAAACAGAAUCCAGACAUUUGCAACAGCAGCUAAAAAUGUUUAUUGUGAGUUGGGGGACUCAAAUGGUGAAGCUCAGGUCAAGUUUUUGGUUGGAUGUUAUGCAGCAGAUCCUGAUAUAAUAAAAAGUGCCAAGUCAGCAUUUAAGAAGGGCCAGCCUAUCAACGCUGCAGGUUUACUUGAAUGCCAACUUCGUGAGUGCCAAAACAUAGGCGCUCACCACGCCACUUCAAAAGACUGCAAUGCUAUUCUGCAAACAGUAGUUCAGGGCAAGAAUGUUAUUGGAAUACUAUUAGGAAAGGACAAAAGAGAUGUUUUUAAGAUGUACUUGGAGUUUUAUGGUCUAACUCUGAACUCUAAGCUAGAUACAGUCAGCUAUCAUCCUUCAGAAUAUUCAAUCUAUUCCAGACUAAAUAAUGACAUUGAAAAUAAAGAAAAUCAUUUCACUAUUACAGUGAAUGUGACUAAGGCCAUUGGUUUGUUAGUGCAGCACAUUCUCAGCUGGCUGGAGACAGUUGUUGUGAAUGUAAGGAAAGUCUUCAAACAAGCUAAGAAUUGCUGGAAGUGGCAUGGUGUCAAAUGCUGCAACCCAAAGUGCAGUGAAGCAAAUUGUAAGCUGCAGCAUAACAUUAAAUGCUACAGGCGCAACUGUUAUGACAAUAUGGAAAAUUUUAAUUUACUGAAAUGCUCAGUUGUGUUAGAUGGUUGUUUAAAUGAAAUCUCCUCACUACUAAAGUCAAGCAGUUUCAACUCAGAAUUUAAAAAACUAAUUCCUGAAAAUUCAAGAUGGGACCAAAUUCAAGAUUUUGUUCAAUUUCUGCAAUGUUUGCACUCCAGGCCUAAGUUUGAUAAUGAAGAAAUGGUAGAAAAAAUCCUGGCUGAAGCCAGAAAAAAAAAUGAUUUUCAGGAUGAAGUAGUCAAAUAUAUACAGUACAAUCAAGACCAAGUUGAUGAUUGGAAGAGGAAGAAAUUAACUUCUCUUGAAAAGUUUGCUGAAGCCAAUUUCUGUGCAUCUCUCUUGAAACUGCAGCUCUCUGUCAAAAUGGAAAAAAGUGCUAAAAAUAAACCAGAUUUACAAAAUCUUGGACUGACGUUUGAAGAAUUGUUGCAGUUUUGGGUUGAAGGAAAGGAAGAAGCUUCAACUCAGUGUUUUAUUAAAAUAAUUUCAAAUUUUUCCUACAUAAGAAUAUUUGGAACUAGGCAGCUCUUCUAUUGGCUGGAAAUUCAUCUCUCUUCAAUUUGGUUCAACAUGACAAAGAAUGCAGCAAAGACAAAAGACAGUGAACUCAGUCUAUUAAAAAAAGAUGAGAACCAACCAGACCAAUCACAGUUAAAAACUAUAGAAACAGAGGAACAAAAUCCAUGCAGCUUAGUGUUUUUACCAAAAUCUUACCAUGGAAAGUAUUUGCUGGCUAAAGCUUGCACAAUGGAUGCAACUGGUGGUGUAGCUGCUGAUGAGAGCUCUUUAACACAAGAAUUUGAUAAACUGGUUCAGUUUCUGACCACAAUGAUCAGAGUGCCUGGCAAAACUAAACAAAAUAGUUCUAAUGAGAUGGAGGACACAUGUUGCAGCACUAUCUUUCUAAAACCUAAAGAAGCUGAAACUUACAUCAUUAUAUUGGCUGUUGUGUUAAUAAACAUUCCUGGAAAGUUUGUCAGCAUUGAGUUUGAAAAACAAAUAGUGGAAUCUUUAAGGAAGAUACCAGAAAUAAAGGAGGAUGAGACUAAUAAAAAAGCAACUGAAAAACAAAAAGGAUCCAAAACGAAUACAGGUGCAGAAUUUAAAAAGCCCAAUACAAAUUCAAAUGUCAAAGAGUCCAAGGCACCAGAAGAAAGUAAAAAGCUCCUUAAUAAACUUAUUGUAGCUACCCAGAAAGAAAACAAUUAUCAAGCUAUAGCCAGUGCAUUAAAUGAAUACUUGAGAAUAAAAAAUGAAGAAAUGUUGCAGUAUAAAUGGAAUGAAGAUAAAAGUAAACUAGUUUUUGAAACAAUGAAUUUGUCCAUGUUACCCACAGCAUAAGUGAAAGUUCAAAUAUCAGCUUUAGAUUAUCCCUAGGAUCAUUUAUUAUUUUAAAGAUUAAAAUUCAGACAUUAUCAUUUGUUUUAAUUUAGCUAAGAGUCAAAUUAAUUGUAACGACAUGAGGCAUUUUUCACCAUAGACAGUUAAGGCUUAGAACAUUCAAAAUAAAUGAGAUUUAAUUUUGUUUUAACUAUUUUUAUGUUAGGUAUAUUUUUGCUCUUUUUAAUGAAGAAUUACUGUAAUUGUUGUGUAAAUGUUAUAUUUGUGAAAAUUAUAAUAGUGUUGUUUCCAAUGCUUUUGCAUACAAGUUACAUUUUACAACUAAUGUUUAUAAUUGAGUUAUUUUUUUAAUACAUGCAUUUGUCACUAUUAAUUUUUUUUAUUUUACCUGUGAUAUAAACUGUUAGAAUAAGCAUUAGUAAAAAGGUCUUUAAUAUAACAAUUUAUAAUUAUCAUGAUCUUUAUAUAGAUCUAGAAUCUAGCUUAGUGUGUAUGGUGUUUCAUAAAAAAAUAAAACUUUAGUAUAAUGUCAUUGAUUAUUUGUAGUAUCUGGCUUAAUUGUGGGAAGCAGCCAUUGUCUUUUUUAAAAUGGCACGCUUUAAUUAAUACUUUGCUAACUCCUGAAUAAAGAGAGGUAACUAAUAAUUUUAAAAAAAUCACAAAUCUUGUCAUCUAAAAUAUGAUUAUCCUUUUGUUUCAUUUAAACAUUUAAAAAAUGGUAAACCUAAUUAAAAUGAGAGUAUUCGAAUAGCUAGUCUUUUAGAUUGUUUUAUUCCAGUAUGACUACUAAUUAUAAAUUUAGAUCUUGCUAUGUUGUUGCAUACCUUAAGUAUGCUUGAGUCUACAUUUUUGAAAAUAAAAAUAAUUUGUGAUAUUUAAAUGAAAUUUUUGCUUAACUUUUUGAGUAAGAUAACAGAUUUUUAUUUUUUUCGUAAA